GCGCGGGGCGGCGGCAUGGCGGCGACCGCGAGGGGGAGCUUGAGGGAGAUCCGACAGAGCGACGUGGAGGCGGCCGGGCUCGCCGCGGCCGACGCGGGGCGCUUCCUCGCCGCGCUCCGCUCCGCGGCCGCGUCGUCGUCGGGCGGCGAGGACCCGGCCGCUGUGUGGGCGGCGGUGGUGGCGGCGGGGCUGCUGCGGCCGGAGCACCCGCACGCGCUCCACCAGCUCGUCUACUACUCCGCCUACGCCGGCUGGGACCGCGCCGCGCGGGGCCCGCCGCCGUACUGGUUCCCCUCCCCGACUGACUGUAAGCAAACAAAUCUUGGGAGAGUGAUGGAGGAAAUUGGACCUCAACUGCUAGGAUCAUCGUAUAAGGACCCGAUUUCAAGCUUUAACCUCUUCCACAAAUUCUCAGUAGAGAAUCAGGAGGUCUACUGGAAGAUGGUGCUAAAGACACUCUCAGUCAAGUUCCUGCGAGAACCAAAGUCGAUUCUAGAUACAUCGGAUCAAUCAAAGAAAGGAGGAACAUGGUUCCAAGGUGCAGUGCUUAACAUUGCUGAAUGUUGUCUGCUGCCUUGGCCUUCCCAAAACAGGACAGAUCACAGCACAGCUAUUGUCUGGAGGGAUGAGGGCCUUGAUGAUUAUCCAGUGAACCGUAUGUCACUGAAGGAGCUCCGCACUCAAGUGAUGACUGUUGCAAAUGCCCUUGAUACCAUGUUCCAAAAGGGGGAUCGGAUUGCAAUAGACAUGCCUAUGACAUGCAAUGCGGUCAUCGUGUAUUUGGCAAUCAUCCUUGGUGGCUUCGUUGUUGUGUCGAUAGCAGACAGUUUUGCGCCUCAGGAAAUUGGCUCUCGCAUGAGGGUGUCAAAUGCAAAGGCAAUUUUUACUCAGGAUUUCAUAAUUAGGGGAAGGAAGAAAUUUCCACUUUACAGCCGUGUCAUGGAAGGGACUUCAUCCAAAGCUAUUGUAAUUCCUGCAACUGGAGACUGUCUUGGAGUUACACCAAGGGAUGGUGAUAUAUCCUGGAAAGAUUUUCUUUCUCGUGCUGCUGGAAGGCCAUCCAUGUACUCUCCAGUUUAUCAAUCUGCAGACGCGCUGAUUAAUAUACUGUUUUCAUCGGGAACAACUGGAGAUCCAAAAGCUAUACCAUGGACACAGCUUUGUCCCAUAAGAUGUGGAGCUGAUACCUGGGGACAUUUGGAUGUUCGACCGCAGGACAUAGGCUGCUGGCCUACAAAUCUGGGUUGGGUUAUGGGACCUAUAAUCUUGUUUUCAUGCUUUCUAACUGGUGCAACUUUGGCUUUGUAUCAUGGUUCUCCGCUCGGACGUGGUUUCUGCAAGUUUGUGCAGGAUGCCCGUGUGAAUAUAUUGGGAACUGUCCCUAGCCUGGUGAAGUCAUGGAAAUCUGGGAAUCUGACUCAAGGGCUAGACUGGACCAAAAUCAGGGUACUUGCCACAACAGGGGAGGCUUCUGAUAUUGAUGAUAAUCUGUGGCUAUCUUCACGUGCCUGCUACAAGCCUAUUGUCGAGUGCUGUGGGGGCACGGAGCUGGCAUCUUCAUACAUUCAAGGGAGUCUUUUACAGCCACAAGCUUUUGGAGCUUUCAGUGGUCCGUCAAUGUCCACUGGUUUUGUCAUACUUGAUGAACAGGGAAAUCCAUAUCCUGAUGAUCAACCUUGUGCUGGAGAAGUGGGUCUCUUCCCUUUAUAUUUUGGUGCUAGUGAUCGGCUUCUCAACGCUGACCACAGUAAGGUUUACUUUGAUGGAAUGCCCAUUUACAGAGGACGGCAACUCCGACGACAUGGAGAUAUAAUCCAGAGGACAGUAGGUGGUUACUAUGUCGUACAGGGCAGAGCAGAUGACACUAUGAAUCUUGGAGGAAUUAAGACAAGUUCAGUGGAGAUCGAGCGGGUUUGUAAUAGAGCCGAUGAGGGUCUGCUAGAAACAGCAGCAGUUAGCAUCAAACCUUCUGGCGGUGGACCAGAACAACUGGCUAUCUUAGCAGUGCUAAAAGAUAAAUCUGCACCAUAUGACACAAAUCUUUUAAAGAGCAAGUUCCAGAGAGCCAUCCAGAGGAACCUCAAUCCUCUUUUCAAGGUGAGCUACGUCAAAGUUGUCUCCGAGUUCCCGAGAACUGCUUCAAACAAGCUGCUGAGAAGGGUCCUGAGGGAUCAGUUGAAGCAAGAACUCACAAAUCGUAGCAAGCUAUGAGGGGACAGAUGGAUAUUCCAUCUCUCUUCAAUAGGAAAUGGCCCUACAUAUUCCAAGUAUUGUUGUACUUACAUAAGCAAUGGUCGAAUCCCCUUCGGCCAUUCGCAAAAAAUAAAACCCUUUAUGUCGCGUUUUUUGGGGGUGUGUCUAGAAACUUAUAAGUAAUAAUAAGGUGAUGGCUUGCUAAAA